AGAGUCCCCGCCCUGCCCGCGCUGGCACGGGGUCGCUCUGAAGGCGGGAAGCGCCGGGCUCCUCCUCCUGCUGGUGACGGUUGCAGGGCUCGGUGUUUGGGUUUUGCAGGGCUUCCCGAGUAAAGCGGAGAAGGGGACGACCCAGACGGGUGACGGUGGGACUCCGAGCACCAGUAAUGGAAGUGCAUGCAACGCCAGCCUGGAGGACUUGGUUUCUCGUCUGAAGCAGAGCCUGUGCAAUCAGACCGAGAUAAAACUAGGAGGUGCCAGGUGCAAACUCUGCCCCCAAGACUGGCUGAUGCGUGGGGACACAUGCUACUGGCUGUCAAAAGGGACUAACACCUGGAGCAAGAGCCGGGAUGACUGUGCACAGAAGGGAUCUCAAAUGCUGGUGAUCCAGGACCAGGAACACAUGGGUCACCUGCAGUCGGCCCUACCAGAGGUAGAUCAUGUUUGGAUUGGAUUAGCAUUUAACUCAUCCCAGGGGAGGUGGACCUGGCUGGAUGGUGCCCCUGUCCAUAAAGAACUGUUCCCCGGGAUAAAUUGGGCUGAACAGAACAGCUGUGGAGUGUUAACAAGGACUAAGAUUGAUUUAGAAACCUGCCGUGUUCAGUUGAAGUGGCUCUGCCAGAAAGACGCCUUUCUGCUCUAGCCUGCGACAAGACGGAUGGGGAAAGAGCAUCUUCAGACUCUGAAACCUCUGCAGCGUGUAAGAGGGCUACAGACAACAUCACGUCAGACAGCGCCACGUCGGGGGUCAGCUCCCCAACCAGUGUGAAUCAGCCAAAGCAGCCCCAGAGUUGUGGGACCCAGAACCCCGGCUGAUGCUUAUCCCCACUUUUGAUGUCAGUGGUUUUAUUGGCUACUGAAGGAAAGAAAAGUUAGUGCCUCCUCCCCUGACCGGGCCAUCAUUGGCAUAGGUUUUCCCCACUCCAGCCCCUCAGAAUAAAGAGGGACACACACCUCUCCAGGGGCAACGCCAGGGAGCUAGUGCCCCGCAAAUGGAAAUAUUGUGAGACUGCAUAAUUGGCACAUGGCUGGUGGGU